AUGGCGUCGCCUUCCGUUCCUGGCGCUGGAUCUCAGCCGUCUGAUUUAGAAUCCGGUCCGCCUCCCAUCGUUCUCCCCGCAAAUGCAGCAUUGCGGUCCCCUCCCCUUCCACCGCGCUCCGCCACUGUCGGCGGUCGUCCGCCGCUCCCCCCCGCCUCCUCUGAAUCAGUGUCGGAGGGGCCCUCCGCGGCCGCCUCUCCCGUCCGCGGCGGGCGUUACCCCGCCGCAGCCUACACUCCGCGCCCCUCCGCGUCGUACUCGCCGCCCACGUCCGGCGGAACCGGCUACUCCACGCGCCCCGCGCCGACCCCGCGCGCGAUUCUGCUGCAGCGGUCGCGGUCGGGCGUGCUGAUCGGCGCGCGGUCGUUCGGCGGAACGCAGCUGCCGUGGGAGCCGCCGAAGCGCAAGCCGCCGCAUCACACGGCGGAGGUGGGCGCGAGCGACGCCGUGGCGCAGAGCCUGGACUACGAGCUCGCGGAGUCGGAGGAGGCGAGGCGGCGGACAGGCUGGGGCCAAGUGGGCGCUCCUGCUGCCCAUCGGCUCAUCUGUUGCGUCACAGACCGUUUCCCUCCGGUUAGAAGAGUUGGAGGAGGCGGCGCGGUGGACAGGCUGGGGCUGUGGAAGGCGAUAGCGUACACAGCAGCCAAUUGGGCUGGAGGAAUCGGAGGAAGCGCAGGCGGCGGACAGGCUGGGACUGGGGGAGGCGAUGAUAGAGUACACGGCGGGCAAGUGGGCGCUCCUGGUGCUCAUCGGGUGCAUUUUGGACAGAGUCCCCUUGCCUCCCUCUCCCCCUAUCUUCUUCCCUCUUCCUCUCUUCUUCCCCUCUCCCUCUUCCCCCCUCCUAGAUUAGAGGAAUCAGAGGAGGCGAGAGCGGCGGAUAAGCUGGGCCUGGGCGAGGCGAUGGAGUACACGGCAGCCAAGUGGGUGCUGGUGCUGCUCAUCGGGUGCAUGACGGGCGGUGCGGCCUUCCUGAUCAACAUGGUGGUGGAGAAUGCCAUGGGGGUCAAGCUCGCGCUCACCAUCGAGCUGCUCAAUGGGGGGAGCCCAUUUCUGGCAGUGCUGGUGUACUCGUUACUGAGUGCUCUGCUAGUGGCAGCAUCAGCGGCACUCUGUGUGUUUGUGGCGCCAGCAGCAGCGGGGUCGGGGAUUCCCGAGGUGCGGGCAUACCUCAACGGCGUGGACAUGCCACAAGUGCUCUCGCCACUCACUCUGCUCGUUAAGGUCGGUCAAUGCCUUGUCAAUUCCCUGGUCAGUGUUAGUCAGUGGCUGGUCAACGCGAGUCAGUGCCUGGUCAUCAUGAGUCAUGCUAACCGCACUCACUCAGUGGCAAACAGCCUCACCGCUUCCCACCCCUCUUCACGAACCCCCCUCUCUCUCCUUCAGAUACUAGGCAGCAUGUGGGCAGAGGAAGGCGGGCUAGCCCUGGAUCUUGGGCAGCAUGGGGGCGGAAGCGGGCGGGCUAGCCCUGGCAUGGGGGCGGAGGCCGGAGGGCUAGCGCUGGGCAAGGAGGGUCCGCUGGUGCACAUCGGCGUGACUCUUGACAUGGGGGCGGAAGCAGGAGGGCUAGCGCUGGGCAAGGAGGGCCCUCUGGUGCACAUCGGCGCCGCCAUCGCUGCUCUCUUUGGCCGCGGCUCCAUUCGUGACUGGCUUGCUCGCCGGGCUGCCGCGGGUACAUCUGGGGGUGGGGAUGCAAGCGGGGGUGGCGGCCCGGAUGGAAAGAAGGAGGCUCCGUUGCGGGCAGCAGCAGCAGCAGCAGGGACAGGAGGAGUGUCUGAGCCGCUGCUUGCACAGGGUACCACAGAGACCAGCACGGCCAGGGGAGGAGCGGGAGGAGGAAGGGGGAAGGAGGGGGAGCGGCGGCAGUGGUGGCUGCUGUAUUCGGACUGGCUGCGUUUCUUUGACAACGACCGGGCGCGUCACGACCUCGUCACUAUUGGUGCCGGGGCCGGGGUGGCCGCUGCUUUCCAGUGCCCCUUGGGGGGGAUACUCUUUGCUCUCGAGGAACUCACCUCCUGGUGGAAGAAGAAGGUGGUGUGGAAGGCGCUGUUCACGAACGCAGUGGGCGCCAUCGCACUGAGAGCGCUCAUGGCCGCAUGCGAGGGGGGGCGGUGUGGGCUGUACAGCGAUGGGGGCUUCAUUCUCUUCGAUGCCCAGAGGGAGAGCGACUUCGGGUUGAGGGAGCUGCUACCUGUGUUGGUGUUGGGCAUCACAGGGGGCCUCGUGGGGGCGCUCUUCAACACCGCUGUCACCCGCCUCGCCAAGCUGCGUGCCAAAUACAUCAACCCCUACGGCCCAUGGUGCAAGGUGCUAGAGGCAGCACUCAUUGCCAUCCUCACCUCCCUUGCCCGCAUGGCCCUCCCCUUCGCAUCGCGCUGCCUGCCCUGCCCGGAAAACGAGGUCUGCCCGGACCCCAGCCUCAACGGCAACUACAUUGCUUUCACCUGCCCGGCGGGCAGCUACAACCCGAUGGCUGGGCUGGCACCCACCACCAACGACAACGCCAUCACCAACCUCUUCUCCAGCUCGCCUGCUCAGUACACCCACGCCACGCUGGCGAUCUUCUUCCUCGUCUUCUUCUCGCUUGCCAUUAUCACCAACGGCUGCUCCGUGCCGGCUGGCCUGUUCGUCCCACUCAUAGUGGCGGGCGGCACGUACGGCCGCAUGAUGGGCAAGCUCAUGCGCUCACUCACCUCCUCCACCUCCCCCACUCUCUCAUCGUUCCUCCUCCCCUCCCUCACCUCUCCCCUUCGGUCGGCCGGGCUACUCUUGUUCGGAGAAUCUGGUUCUGACACGGGAUUGGACGAGGGGACAUACGCGCUGCUCGGCGCCGCGUCCCUAUUGGGCGGCUCCAUGCGCAUGUCUGUCUCCCUCUCCGUCAUGCUUCUAGAAGUUACCGGGAACCUUCUCCUCUUGCCGCUGAUCAUGCUCGCAACAACCAUCGCCAAGGAGGUGGGGGACUGUUUCAACGAAGGGGUGGUUGACGAGGCGAGCCACUUAAAACGCCUGCCCAUGCUGGAAUACCCCCCGCCCGAGUUCAUGAAAAACCUAACAGCAAUAGACGGAGUGAGGGGCCCGGCUGUAGCGCUGAAGAGUGUGGAGCGCGUGGGGGAGGUGCUGAGAGUCCUGCAGACCACCACCCACUCCGCCUUCCCUGUUGUGCAGAUAGUGGCUACGAGGGAAGGGGGGAAGCUGGGAGAGGGGGAGAAGGAGGGGGUAGGUGAGGGGGAGGGGGAGGGGGAGGUGCAGGCGGUGCUGUACGGCAUGGUACUGCGCUCCAAGCUGCUCAAGCUGCUGGCUGAUAAGUCCGCCUUCCAGCGCGGCACUCUCUGCACCGCUCGCACCAAUCCCCUUCACAAGCUCCCUCUUUCUACCAACACUGCAGCUGCCGCCGCAGCUGCUGCUGUGCCGGAACGUAGAGCUGGCCAACGUACCGUGCGGUUUGAGGGUGUGCCGGUCAGUCCACAGGCGACCAAUGGGGACACGCCACGUGGCACAGCUGAAGGUGCCUAUGCGGAAGGGCUGACACUCGGGGGAAGACUGGCGAAAUCUCUGUCCCACAAGCACCGCACGGCGACUGCGAUAGUGAACGUUAAGAAGACGCCUUGUAUCGAGGAUAUCGAUUUGAGUGUAGAGGAGCAGGACAUGUUUCUGGACCUGCACCCCUUCUGCAACACCUCUCCCCACGUGGUGGGCGAGGCCAUGAGCCUGCGCAAGGCGUACGCCAUUUUCCGGCGAAUGGGGCUGCGCCACCUGUGCGUGGUGCGCGAGCGCAUGCAGGUGGUGGGUGUGCUGACGCGCAAGGACCUGCUGCCCCACUCGUUUGAGAAGCAGCAGCUGGAGGAGUGGGACGACGACGACAGCGACAGCGACAGCAGCGACGUGGACGAAGAGGAGGAGGGUUCAGUGGGGGAAAGUGGGGGGUUUGCGAGGGAGAAUGGCGGGGCAGGAGUGAGUGGUGGUGGUGAGGGUGGAGCGGCAAUAGUGGAUCGUGCGGUUGUCGCGGUGGCGAGUGAUGGGGACGAGAGUGGGAGGCGUGGGAGCGGUCAUGUGAGUGACGGUGAGGGUGGUGGGCGGCUUGGGAGCGGGCAUGCGAGUGACGGCGAGGGUGGUGUGAGAGGCACUCCAAAGAGGAGGAAGCGAGCCAUUCCUUCUUUCAUCUCACGCUGUCAUACACAGAAGUACCACUGA